AGUUUUUGAAAACAGCAGUGGACAGUGACGUCAGCAGGGGGCAGUGACGUCACUUAAACGGAAGUGACGUGUGCGGUAGAAGCAGCAGCUGCUGUGUGCGGACACGUGGAGACAGUCGAUGGAGAACUACAGGAAGGCUCGGGUGGUGGAGGAGCCGUUUGUUUGCCCGUUCCCCGGUCUCGCCCCUGACACGCCGGAGGUCCGCGUCAAAGACGGCAGCAAGAUCCGCAACCUGCUGCGUUACGCCCUGAGCCGCAUGGAGGCCAAUGCCCGAGCAGCUGAGGCCGAGGGCCGGCCCACACCUGAGGAAGGAGGCGUGGCCACGGAGGGACGACAGGAAGUGCCGGGCCGGCCGCUCUGCAAACACAUCGUCUUCACGGCGACCGGUAAGGGCGUGUCGAAAGCCAUCACGUGCACCGAGAUCGUGAAGCGGCGCGUGAAGGGUCUCCAUCAGCUCACCAGGUUGCUGUACAGCACCGUGGUGGAGGUGUGGGAGCCGCUGGAGCCCGACGCCGGCCUCGACAGCCUAACGGUCAACAGGAACCUGCCCGCCAUCUGGGUCCUCCUCUCCAGAGAGCCGCUGGACUGCAGCCAGCCCGGAUACCAGGCGCCGGGCCGCUAUGACGCCCUGUGGGCUCAGUCUGCUAACAGGGAGGAGGGUGGAGGGCUGACUGGACAGAGACCAGGACACAAGAGGAAGAAAGGAGGUGGAGGAGGUGGAGGCGGCAGAGGGAGGGGACCCGGCCGUCAGCCUGGCCGGUCCAGAGAGCCAGUGAAAGGACAGAGCUGAUGCUUUCCCAUCAGUUUGUUUCCUCUUUUCAUUUCUGUAAAAACUGGAGAGACUUGAAACUUUGAGAGACGUGAAGUUGACACGUUGUAAAAACAGGUUUGUGCCUCAAAGCUUAAAGUGUGAAAGUGAAUUAAAGACUUUUUAUUUUGA